GUUUGUUAUGUAGCUUAGCUAGCUGGCACGACAAAGUGAAGGACGGUAAACAUGGGUUCUGUCAGAGCUAUGGCGUCAACCAGACUCCUGUGUUCGUUCAACAACAGAGUAGCAGACUCGACCAAAACAUUAGCCAGAGCAGGCUGGAGUUUGAGCUGCAGGAGAAAUGUCAGCAGUUCACCUUCAAGACUGCAGAGCUGCAUGCCAGGCUGGGUCAUUGAUCAGUAUGGUACUAAUGGGGUUUUGACAUACACCGAGGACAUCCCGGUCCCCACUGUCAAUUCCCCUAGUGAUGUCAUGAUUAAAGUCUAUGCGGCUAGUCUCAACCCUCUUGAUAUAGCUAUGAGAGGUGGUUAUGGAGCUACAUUGCUUAAAUUAAAAAGGCAUCCAAUGUCGGUGUUGGGCAGCGACUAUGGUAGUGAGUUUCCUCUGAUUCUUGGUCGUGAUGUGUCUGGAGUUGUGGUGGACUGUGGAUCCGAGGUGACCCAUGUUGCUCCAGGAGAUGAGGUGUGGGCUGCAGUUCCCCCGUGGAAACAAGGCAGUCUGGCAGAAUUUGUGACUCUAACAGAGUAUGAGGUUUCCCAUAAGCCGAAAUCAGUGAGUCAUGCAGAGGCAGCAUCCAUCCCUUAUGUUGCCAACACGGCUCUGUCUGCGCUUGUCAAUGCAGGCGGUCUAUGCAGAGACAGCUCUUCAAAUAAAAGAGUUUUGAUAACUGGAGGAUCAGGGGGUGUUGGAACAUUCUCUAUUCAGUUAUUGAAGGCUUGGGGCGCCCACGUAACCGUUACCUGCUCUCAGAACGCAGAGGGCCUUGUUAGAGGGCUGGGGGCCGACGAGGUGGUGGACUACACAGCAGAAGACGCGUCUGAGCAGCUAGAAAUGAUGGAGAAGUUUGACGUGGUUCUGGACAACGUGGGUGGGGAGACGGAGCAGUUGGCGUUGGGCCUGCUGAAGCCCUGGUCUGGGGCAAAGUACGUCACUCUGGUAACACCUUUACUCCUCAACACCGAUUCUAUGGGCCUGCUGAACGGGAUGUGUCAGGCUGGAUCCUCCCUGCAAAGCAAGGCCAUACAGAACAUCAUUUCAGGUGGAGUCUUCUAUCGGUGGGGAUUUUAUGCUCCGGAUGGGCCUGCUCUGGACGAUGUCAGCAGGCUGGUGGAUGCUGGGAAGAUCCUGCCAGUUGUGGAGGCCCAGUUUCCAUUUACCCAGGUGCCCCAGGCCUUCCAGAAGUUGGAGCAGGGCCACGCCAGAGGGAAGACGGUGGUCAGAGUGACCGAAGAGGACGACCAGCGGUCCGAAGAGUUUGUGCAGGAAAGUUACACAGACACCGCAGAGUUUGAACAAGAAAGGCGAGAACCGGCCAAGCAACACUAGAGUCAGCCGGCAGAGCGCUGCGAUUCUUCUCACCUUUACUCGGCUACUCUUGACAGCUGCAGACUGUAUUAUUCAUAGGGAACAGAGGGGCUUCUGGGUGCAGCAGAGAGCAGAAUAUGCAUGACCAGAGAUUGUAAUUAGAGGGUUUCAAAGGCUGCUGCUCUUGUAAAAGCGUACACCUUCCUGUAUUGUCUUGAAAUUUCACAAGAUGUGCUGCGUUCCUGUGAAGGUUGUUAAAACCAGCUGUGGAAUGAUUUAACAUUCAGCUUAGCAUCCAUCUGGUACAGCCAGGCUUUUGAUCACUGCAAUCUAUCCAACAAGGAGUCACAUAAAAUGUCCAUCAACAGUUGUGUUUAUACUCCAGUACGAGGUGAGGCAGCAAGAUAAGACAUUUGAUUUUCUGUGCAUUUGUCAAUGUUAUGUUGUUUAACGACUAUCAUGUCGUAACCAUGGGAAUCUUUCCCAAACCUCAUGUGACAUCUCACAUCAUGUGAAUGCAGUUUAUAAUUGUUUGAGCUUUACAAAGGUUAGCAGUUCAACAUUUGGGUAAAAACUGUUAUUGAAACCUGAAGCACUUUGUGUUGAACAAUGUAUCAAAGAAAUGUAUUGACAACAAUACUUUAUUCUGGAAACCAGGGGUUUGGUGCUGUGUAAUUUUGAUUAAACAAAGAAAAAGACACA